AUGAAUCGCAGGGAAGGCAGCGAUGGGCCUGCCGCGGCUCAAAGCGCCAUUUCAGAUCGAGAAGACGCGAGGGGAGCAGGCGACGGAAGCCACCUUAGCACAUUAUCCGCGAGCGCGUCAACAGCAGAACAGCCUCACGAUCAGCAAGGUCAGCGGCCCGAGCAGGGGCGUCAGCAGAGCGCACAGGAGUCUGGUCGAGCAGCGCCGUCAGCAGCUUCAGGCUCGCAAACUGUCCAGGGUCAGCGGAGCAAUACUACGUCUUAUCCUUCGCAAGCUUCGCCGACUGCGCGUGGCAGCGACGAAUGGCUUGCAUCAUCGUUUCGUCAGGCCGAUGAGCCUAUGGCUGCCGUCAGCAGACCUCGCUUGGCGAUAGCUCCAGCACACGGCAGAGACGUCUCUGAUUCUGCAGCUCCGACUUCACGUCACGACUUUGGUGAUCCUGACUCAAGUCGCUAUGGUCGAGGCAGGCGAUACAGUGAUGCCUCUUCGGGCUCGGGCGUUCCAGCAGAUCUAUCCAGGUUGCUUUUGCCGAGCAAUCAGGAGCCGCAAGCAGACCUCGAUGCCUCCUCUCUCGAGAGCGUACAAAAUCUGCCGCCUCGAUUGCCGAGACCGCCAAGGCGGCCAGGGUACUCGAGCUCGAGCGCAACCUUCGUUUCUGCGCAGACGCCUUUCAGUAGCGACGGGCAAUCAGCUAUAGGUUCGGGCGAGCGAUCCUCUGGCAGCACUUUGCCCAAUGAAUCGACCUCGAACACCUCACGCAGCCGCAUCGGAUCCUCGCGGGACCUAUCGUCCAAGGCAGCAGACGUCGAGGCAUUCCUCGGCAGGGUCAACCUGCACGAGUAUUUCGAUACCUUUAUGCAGAACGGAUUCGACCGCCUCGGCUCGCUCAUAGAUGCCACGGAGGCCGACUUUGACAUGCUCAAAGUCAAGCGAGGCCAUCGACGUGUCAUACAGCGUGAGGUAGCAUCUUUGCAGGGCCUGCCGCUCUCCCACUCGAUCUCUGACGGCCAGGCCAAGGUUUCAAGCGAGGAAGCGGAAGCGCCAGACAGUAGUGACUCGCGCUCAGCCAUGCGACCCUCGUCAGGUCAGAUCACUCAGCAGAACUCUGCAGUAUUCGUGUUCAAGGGUCAGGGUAAAUUCCAAGGCAAGUCUGGAAGCAGAUCGGCAGAAAAAGAUCCGCGACCGCGCCGAAAGUAUCGUCGGCAUCCCAAGCCAGAUCCCAAUGCGCUUGAGAAACCUACAUCAGCGUAUGUACAAUUUGCUAGUGCGGUUCGCGAAGAAGUCAAAGGCAAAACCUUUGCUGAAUUAGCAAAAAUCGUCGGCGAGCGCUGGAAAGCCUUGCCUCCGAACGAGAAAGAAGCGAGAGAAACAGAGGCUGCUCGUCAAAAAGACGAUUGGUCACAUCGUAUGGCUGAAUACCGCGAAUCACCAGAGUACAGAAGCUAUCAAGCCUAUCUGCGCGAAUUUAGAGCUCAGGAGCAGGCCCGGCUUGCCUCUCGCGCACAGCAUAAUUCUGACUCACGCGAGAUCUCACCCGAAAUGAACAAUAAUGCUCAAUGGGAUCGCGACAACACUGGCCAAGAUUACAGCGACCCCGAAGAUAGUUAUCCUGAAAGCGGCGGUCCGCCUAGCAAGCGGUCGAGGCCUUCUGGCAGAUCUUUCGGACAAGGCCAAGCUCAAAUGCCCGGUCCUCUCUUGAGCCCGAUGCCGUUCUGGGAGAGCCCCGGGACAUCGUCUGUAAUGAGCACACAGGCAAGAGGAUACCAACAACCGAGCUACUUCUCCGGCAUGCAAGAUACACGAGAGCCAAGAGGUCGCUCAAUCGCCGAAGCACUCACCCGACCCACCUUUACGUCUGAUCAGGCGUCACUUGAGGCCGCCAACCAAUACCCAUGGAUGGACCCUAGACAGCCUUUUGCCCAACGUCCCUUGAUGCCCAUGCAUCAUGCCGAACGUGCGCGAAUGGAAGGCAACUACGGCGCCAACUUUAUGCUGGACGGCCCUGCUCCGAAGCAGUCGCUACAAGCACCUUUGCGACUGCCAGCUCCCGGUAACACGGGAGCAUUCGGGCAGUCAUUACCAACACCAUCAUCAUCAUCAUCGUCGUCGUCACGAUUUCCUCCAACUUCCACUACCCAAACGCAGACUCAGACUCACACGAUGUACGGUCAGCCCCGGAUGCACAUGUCCGAUGCACGGUCUGCGCAGAUGACUCCAGAAUCAUAUCUGCCGCAGAACGAUGAAUCGGACCUGAUGCAAUAG